AUGUAAUUAGUUUAUUUAAUAAGUUAAAUAAAUAAUGAAAGCCAUUUCAUGAAUGUCAAACAUAUUUGGAUUCAUCUUCAACCUUCAACCUCAGGAAACAGGAAAUAAAUGGACUUAUUAAUGAAAUUUAAAUCCCAAAAUACAAAUGAAAAGAGGAAAUCUGAAACAAAGAGUGCUGGAUGCACUCUACAACACGCCAGCAUCAAGUAAAAGUGGGAAUUCCCCCUCAGCAGGAAGUUCGAAUGCGACAAACAGCAAAAGUGAAACGGACAUAGCGGAGAAUUUGACAUCCGAAUGUUUCCAGUUGUGUAAAAUUGUUCGACAUGGAUUUCCACAUCGUCCUACAGCGCUUGCUUACGACCCCAUGCAGAGACUCAUUGCCGUCGGUAACAGAACAGGGUCCAUCAGGUUGCUAGGACAACCUGGGGUUGAUGUACAUGUCACCCAUGAUGUCGAAACAGCUGUCGUGCAGCUAUUAUUUUUAAUUAACGAGGGGGGGCUAAUUUCAGUGUGCGCUGACAAUUCAUUGAACAUGUGGAAUUUGAGACAGAAAAAACCUGGAAUUCUUCACACUCUGAAAUUUAAUAGAGAAAGGAUAACACAUUGCCAUUUACCAUACCAAAGUAAAUGGCUGUACAUAGGCACAGAUCGUGGGAACGUACAUUUAUGUUGCGUCGAGACUUUCAUGCUAUCCGGGUACGUCAUAAACUGGAACAAGGCGAUUGAAUUGUCACAGAAAACUCAUCCAGGGCAUAUCGUUGGCAUAAGUGAAAAUCCUUGUGACGAAAACAGACUUUUAAUCGCGUUUGAGACUGGUCUAAUUGUGUUGUGGGACUUGAAAAUGAAACUGAUUGAAUACCGUUACUAUUCUGAUAGUCCAGUUCAAAGCAUUACUUGGCAUCAUGAAGGAAAACAAUUCAUGUGUUGCCAUGCCAACGGAAGCUUGUCGCUAUGGAAUUACAGAAACGUGAAGCCGCAGCAGGUUCAAUAUCCUCAUGCGAAGAGCAGCGAUAGUUCGAAAUUUGAUAAUUAUUGGCCGAUUGAAAAGUUAGAAUGGAAAUCAUGUCGAAGCAGCGACCCUUUUGUUAUUUUCACAGGCGGGCUGCCGCAAGAUAUGGAUAAUGUGCGACCAAGUGUGACCGUCAUGCGUGGGAAGUCAAUGACAGUGCUUGAAAUGGACUAUAAUGUUGUUGAUUUUAUUGUUAUAUCGAAAACGCCUUGGAGAUGUGAUUUCCAGGACCCAGUAGCUCUCGCUGUUUUAUUAGACAAAGAAUUGGUCGUUGUAGAUUUAGUAUCCCCUGGUUACCCUUCAAUAGAAUUCCCACAUCCUGUGGACAUCCAUGAUUCACCUGUAACAUGUUUACAUUAUGUCCUUGACAAAAGUUCUGAUCUUACGCCGGGACUGUAUCAAGUCGCAGCUUCAAAACCAAAACGAUCUUCAACAUCUAAAAUGGAGUGGCCAAUGGACGGUGGAGAAUGGAGCGUCGAUAGCUGUACCGGUUCGCCUGAAAUUAUGGUUACUGGACAUGCAGAUGGUUCGGUGCGAUUCUGGGACGCCUCCGCUGCCUCUUUACGAGAGUUAUAUAAGUUGCGAACGUACAAGUAUUUCAAACGUUCAAGCAAACGGAAUCAUGAAGUUACAGGGACGUCCGUUUCUGAGCCGCCAGAUCCGCAUGAUAGUGAUAAUUUUGCAAUAUCACACAUCCAAGUUUGCCCAGAAAGUCGAUGUUUACUGAUUUCAAAUGUGGGCGGAGCUGUUCUUUUCUGUGAAUUGAACCGUAACGAAAUUACGAAAGAAAUAACUUCACUGGAAUUGCAGCCAGUUUGUGAAUCUUACCAAUUUGACGAUUCCCCGAUGGCGGAUACUUUACAAUCUCCGGGAAUUAACGAUUCAAAGCCAUUAUUACGACAAGGUUCAGAGUCUUUGUUUCCGCAAACGACUGCUGAACAUCGAUUACUAAGUAAAAGUCUUUCUGACGACGUGCGCGUGAGCGCGAUACAACAUCAGAUGUCAACGUACGCACCAAUUUUAAAACUGCGUUCUGGAAAUAUUAAGCAGAGUCCAGGGUUCCAAGCAGAACUGAUAUGUCAAAUAACAGGUGCAGAUAUUGAGCCGCAUUCACCGAUUACGGAAUUAUCCUUUAGUUCUGCUUAUGGAGUUUUUGCUGUCGGGACAAUGAACGGAUUAUAUUUAGUCGACACUGUACAAAAGAAAGUUUUAUUAACCAUGGCAAGCUGUGAUCUGUCUUCGGAUAGGAAAAGACAACCGAAAAGCCCGAAUCGUAUAAAGCCACCGACAUCUCUCGGCGACAUCGUCCAAAUGUGCGUUUCCGAGGCUCCGUUAAAAUCACCAUCAGUGGAUGUAACCGACGGAAACGCAUUAUCUGGAAAUCGAACCCCCCACAAGGAAUCGACUUCAAGUAUGACCAGUAGUGGUAGCGGCCCUCCCCCCCGGCCCAAAAAACCACCCAGUCGCUUUACCAAUAAAAAAAGUUCUUUUAGCUUUGAGAAAAGUCUUGAUAGUCAAACAAGUAUGGCCACGGAUGACAGCCCUUUCAGUCGCACAUCAAGUAUAAACGAGCUAGAUCGACCAGAAUCGAGGGAUAUGGUGACUUCCUUAAUUUUUGUCGAUUCAUACCCAAGAAAAGAUGACUCAACAGUUUUUCCUUCAUUAUGGGUCGGAACGGCAGGAGGCUGUGUUUGUGCGAUGGAGUUGAACCAGCCAGAACAUAGAAUUGAUGUUCCACUGAUGGCACUUCCGACUGGAACGAUUAUACAAAUGAAAGGAUCUGUAGUGAAUUGUUCGUUUUUGAAUUCGAUGGGGGUGGUUAUUCCCUCGGCAUCUAAAAAUUGGAAAGAUAUUAAAAAAUUAGAAAAGCAAAACUCAACAGAGGGCACAAGCAACUCCAAACGGUCACCGGAUGUCAGCAGACGCCCUCAUCACCACCAAAGUCAAAGCUCGUUAAACGGCGACAAGCAUUUUAUGAUUGUGACAUCAGAAAAGCAAGUCAAAGUCAUCGCGUUGCCGGCACAAUCAUUGCUGCAUGUGUACAACGUUCCGAACGAAGCUGGAUGUAUUCUAAGCUCGGAAGUCGCAGUCGUACAAGCAGGCACUUGUCUUCUAUGUCAUACUUCGAUGGGGUAUAUAUUAGUUCUCAGUUUGCCGAGUUUAUCGGUUUUAUUGAGUAUAGAUUACCUGAACCCAAAUGAUGUUCGAAUCUCGCAAACAUUGUGUUUCACGCCCGACGCUCAAGCAAUUUACAUGCCGACGCCGUCCGAAGUGCAAAGACUAACGUGCUCUGUGGAAUUAUAUGAAAGCAUGCAAGAGAUAGUUGGUUACUUGUUUAUUCCGUGUGACGCGCCUGAGCGACCAAAUCCAGGAUUUUUUAAAAGUUUAUUCGGGGGUGGCGUGUCGGAAUUGGAUAGAGAGGAAUUAUUCGGAGAAGCAAAAAGUGGGAAAGCUUCUCGCGGAGUCGCGAAACACAUUCCUGGUUCCGGUUCGAUGAGUUUGGAGGGGUUAAGAGGUCAAGCACAACACGGAUUAACUGAAAUGCAAAAAUUGAGGUUGGCGGCGCUAGAGAGAGGUGAAAAACUUGGUGAAUUAGAUGAAAAAACGCAACGGAUGCAAGAAAGCGCGCAAAAAUUUUCAGACAAUGCACAUUCUCUUAUGAUGAAAUAUAAAAACAAAAAAUGGUAUCAAUUAUGAGAAAUUAAUCACUCUUAAUUUUUAUCAAAAUGGUCAGGUUUCUGCUGUUGUUAGCCGGAGAAGUAUAAUAUUGUUGGUCUAAAUUUUUAUACGAUUUUAAGUCCAGCAUUUUGACCACCAAGCCAUCGCACCUGUGAAUUGUUCACUUGUACUUGCUACCAACCCAGCCAGGUAUUCCAUUACUAAACAAUGUUGUGAAAAUUAAUACAAAUCCUAUUUUGUAUACUCGGUGUGGAAUCCGGAAUCUUUCUGUUCCUGUAUUUUUUACCUAUAAUUAUUGGACACAUUGGGUAAGGUGUGGGCAUCAGGUCUAGAAAUAGGAUCAAUCCAGUCGGCCGUCACACCAACAAAUUCUGCUAGUCUAGUGGUUCUCAACCUCGUUUCUUCCGUGGCCCAUAUUCGUUGCAUUCGAAAUUAUCGUGGCCUAUUAGCUUUUCAUUGCAAGGAAAACUACAAGAAAUAUUAAAAUGUUUCUGCGAAAAUGAACACUUUUCCUUUAAUAACUAGAAUGAAAAUUACCAUUCAGUAUAGCGGAAAACAGCAUCAUCAAUCAUUGGUACUACAAUCAAAAUUUUGGAUAGUGAUACAAAUAAAACUAGCAAUUGUUUUGUUGCCCACCUUAAAAUCUUUCCGUGGCCCAGCACUGGGCCAUCCAUGGCCCACUGGUUGAGAACCAGUGCUAGUCACAACUUUGACAAGAGUGGCGAAGAGAUACCCAUUUUGCACUAUAUUUUUUUUCUUGUUGUUUUUUAAUUAUUCUGGACCAAUGAAAUGUGUAACAGUGAAUAGUAGAAUUUAUUCUGAACAUGGCUUUAUCCAAGCACCCCUGCAGUAUGUACUCGUACACUUUCACGCCAAAUGUGUGUGUAUAUAGGCAAGGGUGAACUCGACUUAUUUUGCUUGGUAUUCCUACACCUAGUUUUGUUUUGCCACCCAGCAUAAUAAUUUUUGGCGCAAGUGGGAUCAGUCUAUACCCCCUUGAGGGUAAUAAUUAACCCCCUACACCGAGGAAUUUUUGGGGCAAAUGGUCAAGUAGGUAGGAUCGGUUUAUGAUCUAAAAUUGGUGUUAAUCAAUUCCCUUAACCAAACUUUUCCAGGACAGUAUUAAAUAGAAGUGCUUCAGUCCCUAGUUAACUGGUACCAAAAUCCAUUUAACGUUAAAUCUAAAUUUGGUGUAAUCAUUUCUAAAAUCAAGGAUUCCAACUGAAAAGCAAUUCUGAAUGUGUUUAAAUAUUUUUUAGACAUCCCUUCAGAAAUUUUUUUUUCCAAAUAAGACAUUAUUUUAUUAUGUUAGUUAUGGACUUUCAGUGUUAUGUCUAUAUUAAUAAUAGUACAUCUGAUAAAAUAUCAAAAAAGUGGGAAACUAUAUUUUUUGUAAUAUUUCAUUUCAAAUCAUGAGCUGUCGCUGACAAGUAGCAAUAUGCUGAUUAUAUUGAAUAUAUUUUUCUUAUCAUUGGAAAGUGGACCUAUAUGUUGUUUUGCAAAAUCCCCCUCAAGGUAUAUGCCAUCGUUUUUGACCCUUCGGGGGGGGGGGGGGGGGGGGAUGCCCCCCCGUUGGAUAUAUUAGUGCUAUAAUUUUGGUGAGGAGGAUGCCCACUCAGAUUUAUAUUAUUAUAUAUACUAGCAUCUGAUAUCAUUUCAAGGCCCUCUUUAAUAUGUAAAAAUGUAUGCUUUAGUUUUAAUUACUGAGGAGGGGACUUCCCCAAUGGCCCUUCUUAGAUGUAUCAGUAUAUGCUGCUAUUUGAAAUAAAAUUUAUCGUUCCAUUUUUCGCUAAACUUUUUUUUUCUCUUCUACUAUAUUGGUAUUGCUAGCGAUUUAUAGAUUCUAACUUCGUUAUGUCUUGUGUAUCGUGUGUAACUCAUUGUGAUUUCCAGUGGCUGGGGGGAACAGCCAGAGGCCAGUUAAUUUUGUUUUAAUGAAUUGAGAAUUCAAAUAGGUACUUCAGUUCAAGAAAUAAAAUUAAUUACCCCGGGACCCCUGGUUUGAAGUGCCCUGCAUGCAAAAAGGCAUCUUUUCAUAACAGGACGACAAUAAAAUUAUAUUCUCCUGAUUCGACAAUUCAUGUUUGAAUAGGCGCUCCAUGGAUAAAAUAAAAAUACCAUAUAUGCUCGUUUUAUCGCCCGAUCUUGAUUAAGGGCCUGUUUGAAUAGCCGCCCAUGUGAACAGAACAUAAAAAUAAAUAAGGGCCGGUGCUUGAAUACCCGCCACAUGUAAAAGCUGAUUUUUCACUGGUAGAGAACAAUAGGAAAUAAGAAGCGCUUUUGUCACAACGCUGUUGAACUUCAAGUGCCGGUAGAUAGCACUCAUGCCUUAGGCGUCCAAGUACAAAACAGAUACGGUAGCAUUGAUUACGUAACACCAUGGUUCUCAAACUGGGCGUCGCGAGCCCAAGUGCGUUGUUUCAAUAUUGAUAGGGCGUCGCAAAACAUUUUUUUUUUGCAGAUUUGUACCUGCGGUGCGUAGAAAAAGUCAAAAUUUUCGUUAUUCUUGUCCAAAUCAUACUUGAAAACUGGAAAUAAAUAUAUAUUAAUUAUUGUAAUGAUCGAAAAUAACAAGCGCCCGUGCUUGAAUGAGAGUUGGUUGAAAAAAAUAUGGGCCCUGGCUACAAAACGAGCAAAUACAGUACAUGUUUUUUCAUUAUCACAGAAAUUACUAAAAAAAAAUGCCCCGUGGAGCCCCAGUUUGAAGAGCCCAGUACUGAGCCAUUAGGGCCAUCUCUAUAAAACGGGACGAUUUGCAAUAAUAUUAUAUGUGCUUUAACAUGAUAUAAAACACCAAAGGGCUGUUGCAAUACUUUUUCUGUAUCUAUGUGGCUAUUUUGCCUUUCAUUGCAGUUAUUGAAACACAACUAACCAUAUACGAUUUAUUUUGGGAUUUAUGAUUCAGAAUUUUCCUGAUAUCAAGAAUUUAUUAAUGUUGAAUAUAUCGAAUUUUAUUGUAAUCAAAUUUCCCAGGACUCCAUGGAAGAAACCUAGAGGCUCAUUGAUCUACUAUUUGUUUACUUAUUGAAAUACGGACUUUUGCUGUCCAAAGAAGUAAUAACGACAUUUGCAUUAAUAAAAUUUGACAACGGUAGCUUCGAAAUGUGUCCUCAAGGCAUUAAUUCAGAUAUGACAUUAUCUAUAACUUCCAAUAGACAACAAUGUUUGAAGAACAAUUUCUAUGAAUUUAAUUGCAGGGCUUCUUAAAUAAUAUACCUAUCCCACCGGCUUCAUAACACCAAAGGUUUAAGAACCCCUGUGCUCGUCCAUCGCCUGUGUAUAUUUGAUUACUUUCAGAUUUGUUUGCAUAUGUCCGGGUCACUGGCCUUUAUAAUCCCCACUAUUAAUAAUAAUGCCUCUUUAUUUCUUUACUUCUAUAUCCUAUCUAUGUUGUUGUUGUGUCGUUGUUGUUUUAAAUUUAUAUUUUUACUAUAUUCUGCUAUAUAUCAAUGUUACACAUUAAGAGUUUUUAUAUUACUAUAGUCGCUAUCAUGACGUAACAGUUAUUUUUUUUUUGAUUGUGUAGACAAGAUAUAACUGUAAUGUUGAGCAUCCAUAACUAGGGGGUAACUAGCUUUAACAAAAGUCUGUAUCGGGGGGGGGGGGUGUGCAACAGGCAGCCCGGGGGCCACGACACGGCCCGCCAAGCCAUUUAGUGUGGCCCUUGUCAACACUCAAAUUUUUCCCUAUCAAGCAUAAAAUCCUAAUCCGACAGUUCAUAUUUGAAUAGGCGUUCAUAUGGGUAAAAAUACAUUUGCUAUUUGCUCGUGUCGCAGCAUUGACACAGUUUUUUUUUUUUUUCAGUGCAUUUUCUACUGAAGUGCUAAGCAAUAGUCUUAUUCUCUUCUAUUGACUUUCCUGCUGAUUUUUUUUUGUGUGGCCCGACUAGAUGUCUAAAGUUGGAUAUAUGGCCCACCGGCAAAAAUGUUGCAUACCCCUGGUUAAAAUUAAUUCCUAUCUUCGACAUGUUUCUGUGAUAAUCAUAUGGCCAGUUUAAAUUAGAUGGUAAACUGAAUCAUCUCCCCUUGGUUGCUAAUGAUUUUUGGGUGCUCCAGAGUUAUGCGCACCAAGAUGUCGCACAACCUGAAAAAUAACCGGUACAUACAUACUAUGUUCAGGUUGUGCGCCAUCUUGGUGCGCAUACUUCUGGAGGUCCGAUUUUUGUUUGUCCCCAAGUUUUACAGCAUCUGCAUAAUAGUUAAAUGUUAUGACUGAGAUGGAAUACUUGUAGUCAGGGGGGCAGAGGUUAAAAUGUAAAAAAAGCAUUCUUAUGUAUCAUAUUUUUCAUAACUUGAAACCCUUUUUACACCUUUGAAAACCUGUUUUCUCGCUAGUUGUAGCGAUCGAGCUUGGCCAAAUAUAAAUUUCAGACCAUGCCAUGUGCGGCAUGUAUCCUUCACAAGUAAAACACCUGACCGCUACAUUAUAUUGGGAUUUUAAAUAAUCAAGAUAGGUACUUCAUGUCAAAUCUGAAAACAAAUACCUGCCCAACUAUUCCCAUACUAGACAUUGACUGGUAAUCGAACGGGAGGCCGCCAUAUGAUUAAGCCGUCGGCUUUCCUCUCCACGGAUUAAAAUAUAAAUCCUAUCCCAAGAUAAUAGAAUCAGAUAAAACAAAUGAGAAAUUUGGUUAUUGCCAUAACAGGAUAUACUUUCCUUUCAUGAUCUAUAUAUUAUAGUGGUGCAUUGUGUGAUAAGUUCAUUGUGCUCUGUCAUUUCUUCAAUAUGUCCCAGGCAGAAGUUUGUUCAGUCAAGCAUGAUAUUUAUGUUCAUCCAAGCAUGAAUAAAUUCUGUCUGGGAUUGUCAUUAUUGUUCAUCAUAUUAUUAUGUUUAAUCAUUUCAAUAAAUUGAAUAAUUGUUUA